AUGGAUCUCCUUCAUCCAUUCCCAACUGUCGUCUCUUAUCACCAAAUUCUCCUCUCCUCCUUCCUUCCUUCACACACAUUCCAUUUCGAUCGAUCCAUCAUUAUCAACUCUUUCUUCCAUGGCUACCUCAUCCAUCGUCCAUUCUAUCUUCAACGGCAGUUAUUAUUAUACGUUGAUGAUUCUCAAAACUACUGUCUCUCUGAUCGAUCAUUAAUGGAGGAUCAUGCUGCUAAAAUCCCUAGAGACGACGGCGGUUCUGAAACCUCGCCGUCUUCCCCGCCACCGCCGAUCGAGGAUCGAUCGUCCAUGAAUAAUGAGGAGCUCCACGUUUCCCGAAUCGAGCCCAAAUCCGAACCCGUCUCGUCCUACUCCGUCGUCGACGGCGAAAUCGACAACAAAUUCGCCAUCGACGACGACUCUAAAGGAGACGACGUCAAAAUCACGGCCAAGCCGUCGCCGCCGGAGGACGACUCCGAUGGGCUGACUCCGUCGCUGUACCACCGGAGAAACUCCAGCGUCGAUCAGAUUGUCGCCAAAGUCCCCACCGCCACCGGAAACCACUUCACCAGAACACAGUCGUCGCAGCCGCAGCGAUUCAAAGCUCACGACAAUGGCGACCUGAACAAAGCUCAGAUCGACACCACCGCCCCUUUCGAAUCCGUUAAGGCCGCCGUCUCCAAAUUCGGCGGCAUCGUCGACUGGAAGGCCCACCGCGUCCAGACCGUCGAGAGACGAAAGUUCAUCGAGCAAGAACUGGCCAAAGCUCAGGACGAAAUCCCAUCAUACAAGCAGCAAUGCGAGGUUGCAGAGGAGGCCAAGAAACAGGUGAUGAAAGAACUGGACAGCACCAGGAGGCUGAUCGAAGAACUAAAACUCAAUCUCGAAAGAGCUCAGACAGAGGAGCAUCAAGCCAAACAGGAUUCCGACCUAGCGAAACUUCGCGUCGAGGAGCUCGAGCAGGGGAUCGCCGACGACGCGAGCUUCGCCGCCAAGGCGCAGCUCGAAGUCGCCAAGGCAAGGAAUGCCGCAGCCGUGACGGAGCUCAAGGCCGUCAAGGACGAGCUCGAACAGCUCCGUAAAGAUUACGCGUUGCUCCUGUCGGAAAAAGACGCCGCAAUUAGAAAAUCCGAGGAAGCCGUGGCUUCAGCUAAGGAAAUCGACAAGUCCGUCGAGGAUCUAACGAUCGAGCUUCUCACCGUAAAACAAUCGUUAGAAUCCGCUCACGCCGCACAUCUCGAGGCGGAGGAGCACCGGAUUGCGGCGGUGAUGGCGAAGGAGCAGGAGACGUUGAAUUGGGAGAAGGAGCUCCGGCAGGCGGAGGAGGACCUGGUGAAGCUGAACCAGAGGAUGCAGUCGACGGAGGAGUUGAAGUCGAAGCUCGGUAACGCCACGACGAUGCUGCACGACUUGAAAUCUGAGCUGUCGACGUACAUGGAGUCAAAAUCAGACGAAACCACCGUCGAAGGAGGAUCGGAGAAGAAGACGCGCGCGGAUAUUCAGGUCGCCAUUGCUGCCGCCAAGAAUGAGCUCGCAGAGGUGAGGCAGAGCAUCGAGAAGUCGCGCGACGAGGUUAACAUCUUGAACGUCGCCGUGAAUUCAUUAAAAUCCGAUCUUGACAACGAGAACACGGAGCUCGCCGCCGUCCAACAGCGAGAAGGGAUGGCGGCGAUCACCAUCGGAUCGCUCGAAGCCGAGCUCGGCCGGAUAAGAUCCCAACUCGCCGACAUUCAGACAAAGGAGAAAGAAGAACGCGAAAGAAUGGGAGAUUUACCGGCGAGGCUACAGGAGGCGGCGAACGAGGCUGAUCAAGCCAAGGAGCUCGUCGAGAAGGCGCGUGACGAGCUCCAAAAGGCCAAAGAAGAAGCCGAGCAAGCGAAGGCGGAGGCGAGCACACGGGAGAGCAGAUUACGCGCCGUUCAGAAGGAGAUCGAAGCAGCCAAGGCGUCAGAGAAGCUCGCGUUAGCCGCCAUGACUGCACUGCAAGAAAAGGAAACCUCCCAAAAGAACAACGAGGAAGAUUCGACGGAUGGAAUCACGCUGUCGUUGGAAGAAUACUACGAGCUGAGCAAGCGCGCGCACGAAGCUGAGGAGCAGGCAAACAUGCGCGUGGCUACUGCUCUCGCCCAAGUCGAGGCGGCAAAGGAGUCCGAGUCGAAGAGCUUAAACAGGCUCGACGAAGUCACCCGCGAGGUCUCUAACCGGAAGGAGGCAUUAGAAGUCGCAGUGCAGAAAGCCGAGCAAGCCAUGGAAGCGAAGCAGGCGGUCGAGCAGGAGCUGCGGAAGUGGAAGGCCGAGCACGAGCAGAAAGGGAAGGGCGGCGAAUCCGACGCAGCCGAGAGCACGAGCGGGUCUGAGAAGUCGGCUGAAUUGAAGAACAGCGACGGUUCACUUUCGCAUCAGAGAUCGAGCAGCGACGCAGGGACGGAGUCGCCUCCGGGAGCGACGGCCGCGGCGCCUAAGAAAAAGAAGAGGUCAAUCUUUCCUCGGUUCUUCAUGUUCCUGGCAAGAAGGAAAGGCUCACAUUCAUCUAAGACGGCUUAAAAUCAUGUAGUGUUGUUUUUUCUCACACAUUUCGUUUCUAUUCUGCUUCCUCCUACAGGUUUCUCUCAUGGAAAAGCUCUGGCUUUUACACGGCUGUUGCUUUAUGUACUGUAAUUUUGCUUAGAAGAUGGACUAAAUAAUUUUCUGGGGUUCAAAGAAUUGUAAUGUAAAAUCUAAUCAAGUUUGUAACCAUUCUAUUGUAUUUGUACAGCUUCUGGUUUUCCAAUCAUCUGUAA